AUGCGCCGCUUAAGCUUGACAUUUGCCUCACUUGACUUGACCCUCUGCCUCGCGCUUCUAGUUGUGAGACCAGCGCAAAGAUGCCGCGACCCCGCAUUCUGAUUUCUAACGAUGACGGGAUCAAUGCCCCGGGCAUUAAGGCGCUUGUUGCAGAACUAGUGAAGGCGGACUUUGCGGACGUGUACGUGUGCGCGCCCUCGGGCGAGCGCUCCGCGCAGUCGCACGCCAUCACCCUGGGCCGCUACCUCAGCUGCGUGCCCACCGAGCCCACCACCGCGGGUGUGGUGGAGUCGUACGCGGUGGACGGCACGCCCGCGGACAGUGUCAUGCUGGCGCUGUGCAGCCCCGUGUUCCAGGACGUGUCAUUCGACCUGAUGAUUAGCGGCAUCAACCGGGGCGACAACGCCGGAUUGCAUGUCAUCUACAGUGGGACAGUGGGCGCGGCGCGCGAGGCGGCAUGCAAGGGCAUCCCCGCCAUGGCACUUUCACUGGACAACCACCUGGCGCGCAAGACGGACGACUACGCGGUGUCCGCCAGCCUGGCGGUGGCGCUCGCCAAGGCGGCCCUGGGGGUGCUGCCGGGGCAGGAGGCGGGCGGCCGUGCGCCGGCGGCCUCGCUCAAGGGCGUGGUCAUCAACGUCAACUUCCCCAUCGCGCAGGGCCAGAUGCUUCAGGGGUUGUUCCUGGCGCGCCAGAGUUUGGCGUGUGUGUUCCCUGCCUUCAAGGAGGUGACCGAGGCGCCCGGCCCGCACCUGGCUGAGAUCGACGAGCACACGCCCAACAGCCGCGUGUUCCGCAACUAUGCCGGCAUGGUGCAGGAGGACCAAGAGGAGGGCAAUGACGCGUACGCGCUCAAGAACGGCUGGGUGGCUGUCACGCCGCUGAGCUUGCUUUCGCACAUCCAGCUGGGACAGGACCCCCGCGCGGAGAACGUGGUGAACGCCGUGUCUCAGAUCGUCACCCGGGCGGCGGCGGAGGCUGGUCUCUCGACCGGCGGUAUUCCCGCCAAGCUCUGAACGUCAGGUGUCGGUGCAAAUGCCGAUUGGAGCCAGGUUGCGGCACAACGACCAAAUGCCGUGGCGUGUGUCGAUGACCAGGCCUGUCUGGCGCUCGCGGCGGUGGCAUAGUAGGCGGUAGGCGGAGUAAAGCUAUCUCGCGCGAGGGAGCCCAAUAGCUAAAUUGCGGUGGCACUUGCAUGGUGACUGUAUUAGGACAUUCGGAUCUCGGGAUGUGUGUCUCGGACGGGGCACAGAGACUACACUAUGGCGUGGCGUGGCGGGCGGGCCUCUCAUGCCCGCUCCGCAGCUGGGUGCCGGCGUUGACGCUACAGAUGGAGCGGCUGCGAGUGCUUCCCUGAGACGAAGCAUUGUGCGCCGGCCAGUGAGCUUCUGUGCAAGCUGCCGCGAUGAUGGGCCAUUCCGUACACUGUCGGCUGUUGUGGUCCAUUUCCUGGGGGGAAAGGCUGCUGGAAAAGCAGCAGCAGGCAUACGGGGGGAAGGGGCAGGGCUCCUUCCGCACCAAAACAUGAGCAGCAACAGGGCUACUGUGUCAGGCGCUACGCAGCAUUCUCAAUAACAUCAUCUGGGGGCUCUGUGCAGCCGUGCAUGGUGGUUGCCAGCACGCCGAGGUGCACCCCAGUGGGACAGGGACACGGGCAGACAGGGUUAGGGAUAGAGGCUGCUAAGUGGAGGGACGGUACGCUUGACAACGGCAGGGUGAGGGAUUAGGCCAGAACAUGAUUGGGGACAGAGCUUGCAACGGGGCAGACGGAACGUGAUUGCCG